GUCCCAACUUUGCUAUUUGCUGACUUACGAAUACAGAGAGAAAAUUGCAAUUUGACGUACAGAACUUUGGAAAUUAAAUCGACAGAAGAAAUCAUUGAAGGUACAACGUUCAAGCGACACGUAAAAAGUACAAUAAAGGAAAAUAUGGCAGAUCCUCUUAACAUCUUUUCCGAAAUUUUUAUGGAGAGUUUUAAGGAAGCAAUGAGGCAGAAUAAUCAGUGCCUCGUUAAUGAGUUGCUAUUACAAGGAAGUGUUUACCAAAGCGAUAAAUUUGGCAACACAUUUUUACACGCUGCGGUAAUAAUAGGCUCAUUAGACACAGUAACAGUUUUAUGUAACUUAGGGGCGGAUAUUUAUGCUUUAAACAAAGAUAAGAAAACUCCAUUGUUUUAUGCCAUUAAGAGUUCUGUAGAUAUAGUCAAAAUAUUAUUAAGUAAUAGAGAAAUUAGUGAUUGGUGUUUACUGCGUCAGGCUAUUAUUUUUGGAUCUGAAGAAGUAGUUAAAUUUUUUGUAAAUAAUUUGCCAUUGUACAUUAAUAAAAAUUUUCCAACAGAGUGUAUAUUCAAUAGAAGUCUAAGACUCUCUAAAAUAGUUAAAUAUGAUAAGAUUGAGGAUAUCUUAAAACUACUUCUUCAGCUUCAAAAAUAUGUCAGUCGUGAAUAUUUAGAUUAUCCUUUGUUAAUUUUUUUCGCAGCAAAAAUAGCCAACAAACAUAUUUUACAAUUAGUUUUAGAAGACUGUGAAAAAUAUUUAGAAGAAAGUAUAGGUUUCACUAAACCGUUGAUUGAAAGGAAUGUGGAAAGAGAUGAAACACAGAAUCGAUUUCUUCCCUACGAAUUAAAUUUUCAAGGUAGUUUUUGCGAAACAGCACUUCAUUACGCAGUGAGUCUUCAACUGUCUGAAGUUGUGCUGUUUCUUUUACAAGAAGGAGCGGAUCCCAAUUGCAAAACUCGUAGUGGUUUAACACCUCUUCAUUAUGCAUCAUAUCUUGGAAACGAGAACAUUUGCAGUAUUCUGUUAAACUUUGGAGCGCAGGUCAAUCCGAAUUCGUGUCAAACAAAUUUCGGACUAAUUUUACAUUCGGAUUGUCCAAGCAAUCCAUUACAUUUAGUUUGUGGUGAGUGGACCACGCGAGAAGUUUUAAAUUCUUCUUGGAAUUCUUAUUGUAAGGAAUUGCAUGAUUCGAAUUUCUUACCGGGACCUGUUUUUGAUAGGAAGAUAUUAAAGCUAUUACUGAGUUAUGGAGCAAAUCCUAAAAUUUCAGGACAUAAUGGUUUUAAUCCUUUCUUUGAAGCGUGCAGAACAGGUCGUUGGAAGGAAAUGAAGAUUUUUUUGGAAUUUCUUACAGACGUUUAUGCUUAUGAUAUAGAAGAGAAUACAGCUCUUCAUCUUGCAGCAAUUGAUGGUGCCUUUGAAACAGUAGAUCUUCUACUGGCGAAAGGCAUUGACGUCAAUGUAAAAAAUUAUUUAGGUUAUACUCCUCUUAUGUAUUACAUAACAAAUGUGAAGAAUCCAUGUUCGAAAAUGAUAAAACUUUUCGCGUACCAUGGCGCAAAUUUAAAUGACAGAAGUAAUGAAGGGUGGACAGUUUUACAAAUGGCUGCUUCAUUUAAUAAUCCCGAAGCUGUACUAACCUUGUUGGAAUUAGGAGACAAAGAAUUGUGGAAUUUGUCUCCUGAUUCCCAUACUCAAGGUUUAGUCUCAAGUUCGUGGUCAACUGGUGGACAGGGAUUAGAAGUUCUUCUGUCUUUCAUCUCUUUAAGAGAGGAUAAAAUCGGAAAUUAUAUUAAAUGUUUUAUAAAACCUUCUCAUUUCAAUAAAGCUUCUACUUAUUUUGAAAAGUCAAAACUAGAACAGGAAGAAUUAAGGAAAGCGAUAGUAGUGCAUAGAAGAAAUAUUUCAUAUUACAAUAUUUUAACAUGGAAUUUUUCAACAUUAGUACGUGUUAUUAAAAUUGCAAAAUUAAGAAAUGAAUUAACUUAUUUUUCAAAUGUAAGUUUGAAGUUUCCAUGUUAUGCACUUUUAAUAAAUCGUAGAUUAUCAAGAAUUAAAUCAUUAGAAGCUUCUGUGGAUAAAGCUAUCGAUUUCUUUAUGAAUUUCGGCGAAAAAAAUCUACCGUGUCUAGUUAUUGAGAAAAUUCUUAGUUAUCUUUCUUGUCGAGAUUUUCAGGUGUUUGGAAAUGUUCUAUAGGAAAUUUAAUUAUUAUGAACUUAUAAAUAGAGACAUUAGAUUUUCGUUUUAAUUUCUAGUUACCACUCGCAAUGCUGAAAUUGACAUCAAUAUUAACAACAUAUUCUCAACAGUUUUUGUAAUACAGAAAUAUUGUCAAUACUGCUGCAACUUUCAGUAGUGUAUGGGCUUUAUAUUAUUAUAAUUUACAUAAUUUAUUGUUUUAUAAUCAAUUUAUUUAUUGUGAAAUAUGUUUGUUGUUAUUUUAGUAUAAAUAAUGUAUAAAGUGUGUAUAUUUAAAUAGUGUAAAUAUAAUUAGUGUGCAUAUGUAAAUAUUGUGUAUGUAUGUAUAUUUAUGUCAUAACUUGUAUGUUUACAGAAAUGUCUUAAUUAAAAAAAAUAAAAAU